UGGAUUUGCACUCCCAAAUGCAGCGUGGGUGGUCAUCAUGACAUGGAGCUCACAGAGGUUGAUCCCUACAGAUGCAGCUCAUGCUCGAGCUCUCGAGUUGCGGAGAAGCACUGGCAUUGCCCAUCACAUAAGGUGCAUCUUUGCCCAAGUUGUGCGGAACUUCCACCAGAAACACCCACCUUGGGCGUCGCAGCCAACUAUGUCGUGAACGUCUUUCCAACUUUAGCCUCCAGUGCAACCGGGCAAGAGAAUCCGGACUUCUAUGCCAUCUGCCCGCUCUUCGCGCACGGGAGCAACGGCCUGGGAGUCAACAAGAUCUGUCCCAGAGAUGGCAGACCUCAGUGCAGUGUGGUAGACGCCUUGGAAGAAACCUACAGCGGAAAGGUCACUCAUUUUGUGUCGUGGUGCUGGGCGUAUUACCUCCAGAGCGUCGUCAGUGCAGUGGAAGGAUGGCUCCAGAAGUCUGGCGAAGAUCCACACGACGUCUUUCUCUGGAUGUGUUUUUUUGCAACAACCAGUACCGCAUCAAAGAAGAGGCCACACAGACCGGCAGUGAAGAUCUCAAAUCGAUCUUCGAGUCGCAUCUGGUGGAAGCUGGACGGAUGCUGGUGUUGCUAGAGACCAUCGAGUCUGCAUUGCACGGGACAUACCGAUGUCCAUCAUUCUCCCCGAAACAGCGGAGAAUUUCUUCCGGGAGACAGUGCAGACCGGCGAGAUUCGCAUGCUGACCAAAGCUGUGGAUGCCUUAAACGUGCGGGAUGCAAAAGCUUCAUCAGAGGCAGACGAGGAUCUGAUCAAGAAAAUAAUCCUCAACGACAUUGGUUUUGAUCGCGUGAACAAUGCAGUGCGCACGAAAUUGGUCGACUCAUUCUUGGAAUUGUUUCGGGAUCUCUUCAUGCAGCCGCGUUGAAGCUCAUUUUGGACGUCCUGAACGUUCCUGAGCCACGAACAGCUGUAUCUCAUUGCAGACAGCAUUUUUUUCCAGGAUGCCCUGGCCCCUUGUAGCCGUGGGAGAGUUCGCUUCAGUUUUGGAUGCCAGAGCAGUGCUUCGGUUUUGGAUGCCAGAGCAGUGCUUCGGUUUUGGAUGCCAGAGCAGUGCUAGUUGCCCAUGGAAUUGUGAGAUGAUGGCCUUUUCUCGUAAAAGUCGUCAUAGAGUCAAACUGUACUGCCGGUGUUGCGGUGAUGAUGCUUUGAUUUGGAGAUGAACUGGUUGAAAGUUUGCUUGGGUUGUCCAAGGGCUGCUUCUAAAACCUCACUUGUUGGAAAGCCUGAAAAAAUGCACGUUGGACUUCUG